AUGGAAAUUAAAUUACAUGAUGGUUAUUCAUUUAUUAUUGAAAAAGAGGUUAGUGCUCUUUUAAAUAGGGAUAUUGAACAUGUAAAGAAGUUUAUUUUUUUUUUAACUAUGAAUAGUCAUUUAUGUCUUUUAAAUGAUGGUCAAUAUAUAAUAAUUAGAAAAGCAUUAAAAAAAUUUAAUUUAAGAGAGUGUGAAUCAAUUAUACAAUUCCCAGAUUAUAUAAAGGCAAACUUUCAAAAGAGUCAAUAUAGAGAUGUUUAUCUAUCAAUCAUUAGAAAUUAUUUUAAAAUUGAUAGUUCAAGAGAUACUCAAUUUAGAACUAUGGCAAUACCACCAAAACCAUAUGCUGCUAAUAGAUUUAUUUUUUCAAAUAUUAAAAGAUUAGUUGAAACAAAUUUAGAAAAUAUUGAUUCUAAUCUUGCAAAAUCAAUUAUUGAAAAUUUAAUGCAAAAUAUUAAAAAUAAUGAAAAAGUAAUUCAAGAAUAUGAAACAACCAAAAAAGAAUCACGUUAUAAAGCUUUCAAUCAUAAUGGUAAAUACUUUUUCCUUUUCAAAGCAAUUUUAAUUUUAAUGCAAAAAAUUGAAGAUAAAGAAAUGUUAAAGAAACAAUAUAGUAAUAGAUUAUUAUUACUUUUCAAUAUAUCAAUGAAUGGAAUAUUAUCAUUCUAUAAUUCAAAUCCAAGAAAAAAGAAUGAAAGAUGGUUUUUCCAUCAUAUAUUUUUAGAAUUCAAACAUAUACAAUCUUUUAUUGAUUUAUUUACAAAUAAAGUUGAUAAUAAUAAUAAUAAUAAUCAAAAUAAUCAAAAUAAUAAUAAUAAUCAAAUAUUAAAUAAAUUAUUAUUAAAGUUAUCAAUACUAUUUACUAAUAGUUCAAGAUAUUAUUUUCAAACAAAAUAUUAUAAUGAAUAUUUAAAUGGUAUAAAUGAAAAUAAAUCAAUAUUCUUUGAGAAAGGAGAACAACAAAGUAAAUUGGUAGAUUUUGAACAUAAAAAAUUUUCGAUAAUCAUAGAGACCUUAUUAAAGAAUUGUAGUUUUCACUUUUACAAAAUUAAAGAAUAUUUAAAAACAUUCAUUAAAAAAGAACCAUGCAUUUCAAUUUUAGGUUUAGAUGUAAAUCAAUUAAUUCCAAUAUUUAAAGUUUAUGAUGAAAUUGGUAAAGUGGCAAAUAAUUUAACAAAAAAUCAAAGAGGUGAAAAUAAAAGUAAUUUCUCGACCAAACACAAAUCAAUCUUAUCAAGAGUUUUAGGAAUGGUUAAAACAAAUAAUUUACAAGUGUUUCAACUCGAUGAUCAAUAUCUUUUAUCAAAAAUUCAUCCAAAAUCUUAUAGAGGUGAAAAAAGAACUCAUAGACUUGCCCUUCAAUAUUUGUAUGAAACAGCAUUUACAAACUUUAAAAAAAGCGAUAAAGUAUUGGAAUCUGGUUUAGAAAAAUUAUUUUCAAAUAUAACUUCAGACAGUGAAUCUAUAAAGUUAAAUUUUUUACUUGGUAAUUGGUCUUUCUUUCAUUUAUCUUUAGAAACUGCUUCAUUUCAUAACUAUAUUUUCAAGAAUAGUCCUAAAUUUGAUCAACUUUCAAUUAAUUUUUCAAAAAGAUCAUAUAUUAAAUUUACUAAUCAAGAUGAUAAUUCAACAACAACAACCAGAGAAUUACCAUUUUAUUUAAUUAAAGAUAUUUUAUUAAUCUGUUUGAAUAAUAAAAAAACCAUACAAUUCUUUAAAUUACAACUUGCUUUGGUUGAUAAGAAGUUCUUUAAAAUCGUUCAAGAGUUUAUGAAUAGUUCACUAUUAGUACCAAUUGAAAUCAGUCAUAAACAUUCAAUUCUAAAAGAUAUUACACCAUAUAGUUUAUUACAACCAAAUUGUAAAUACUUAAAAUAUUCUUCAAAAAAACAAUAUCUUGGUUUUAGUCCUCAAAUUCUUUUACAAAAUAAUCAUUUCAGUUAUAAAUAUAUUGAUAAUUUUGGUUGGAAUUGGGAUGGUAAACUUUUAAAAAUCUUUAGAAAUUUAGAAAUUUUAGAUAUUCAAGGUAUAAUUAGUUCAAAUCAUUUAAAUUAUUUUUAUCAACAACAUCAAAAUAAAUCUCAGAAACAAAAACAAUCAACUACAAAUAUAAAUACAACAAAAACAACAACAACUACUACUAUUACUACUAAUAAUAAUAAUAAUAACAAUAAUAAUAAUAAUAAUAAUAAUAAUAAUAAUAAUAAUAAUAAUAAUAAUAAUAAUAAUAAUAAUAAUAAUAAUAAUAAUAAUAAUAAUAAUAAUAAUAAUAAUAAUAAUAAUAAUAAUAAUACUACUCCAACAUCAAUUAAUGAUAAAACACCUAACAAAACUAAUGACGAUAGUCCAAAAUUAAAAAAACUUAUUUUAAGAACUCUUAAUACAAAUUCAAAUCGUUAUUGUGAAGAAUUAAAACUUUUAGAGAGUGCUGGAGUUGAAGUUGAAUUUCAUUUAUUUAUAAAUCUAUUGGAGAAUGAUCAAGUAGAUAGUGAUUUAAUAGAAAGUUGUGUUGUUAAUAUUGGUCAAUAUAUCUCACAAUCAUUUUAUGAAGAAAUAUUACCAAAGGUUAAAUAUUUGAAAUUAGAAGUUGAAGAAUUCGAUAGAACUGGUGAAUUUCUAACUCAUAAUCAUCUCGAUGAUGUUUAUCCAUAUGAAAACUUUUUAGGUAAUGUUAGAAAAGAUACCAUUCAAGAUUACAGUAGAUUGACCACCGUAGAAUUCAUAAUUAAAUCAUUUUUCUAUCCAAAGAGGGUAUUAAAAUUAAUUGACCAAGUUUCAAUUUCAGUAACCCACAUCAUAUUCAAUUUCUCAAAAAAAAAAAGUUUAUAUGGUUCCGAUAUUUCAGUAGCAUUCGAAAUCCUUUCAAAAGUAAAAGAAUUUAAAAAUAUUUCCAGAGUUUCUUUAAUUGGUAUUUGUGGUUAUCCAAUUAGCUUGAAUAAUAAUUUUCAAACAUUUGAUUUCGAAGAAACUUAUCCAUAUAACAAUACCCAAUUUAUUAAAUCUCAACAAAAAACAAAAGAUAUUGCCACUGAUUCAAAAAAUCUUGAAAAUAGUAAUGAGAUUGAUCAAGAUAAUGAAAGUAACGAGUCUGAAAUUUCUUUUUAUCUCUCUUCAGACUAUGAUGAAGUUGGUGAUGAAGAUGAAGAUGAUGACGACGAUUAUGAAAAUGGUAAUGAUGAUGAUGAUGAUGAUGACGAUAUUCACGUUAGAAAUUGUCCCCACCACAGAAACUUAAAACAUCACUGCCAUGACGAAGAUGAAGACGAAGACAAUGAAGACGACGAAGAUGAAGACGAUGACGAAGACGAUGAAGAAGAAGACGAAGACUAUGAUGGCGAUUCAAAUGGCGAUUCUGAUGGUGGCUCAAAUACAGUUGAAGAUUCAGAUUUUCUCAAUUUCUUAAUUCGUCAAAAACUCACAAAAAAAUAA